UUUUCAAAUGAAAGCCCCAUGAGUCCGAAUUGAAUCCUGCUGAGCCAACAAUUAAUUCUCAAAUAAAAAUACUUCCGUUGUUGUUUUACAUAUCUUCACAGACAUUGCUAUAAGUGGCUUUUGUUUGAAUAAUAAAUUUGUGUCUGCUCUUUAUCGUGGCAGGAUGCCCGGGAACAGUACAAAAUCUGGAAGAGAGGUUGAAACAGGAAUUAAUUUGAGAAGGAGACCACUUAUCAGGACCAGUGGAAAUGAAAAUUCAGCUCCAGAUCCUGAGAACACAUCUUCAUCGGAAGAAGAAGCAGACAUAAAUGAAGGGGACAUAAAUAAAGGGGUUGAUUCCAGUCAGGAGCCAAUUCAUACUUCUAGUGGUAAAACUGAUAGAUUGGGAACAGAUAAGAAAAAAAAGAAAGAUAAGGGACCUUCAAGGCUUUAUCCUGAGAUACCUGUAUUAGAUGAACCUGCACAUGAGGACAAAACUUCAAGCAAGAGCUCGGUAUAUUCUUUACGAAAUAUAAUCUGGCCACUAUUGAUCUUGAUUGGUUAUUUUCUCUCUAAGUUUCUUCACCCUCCAGAAACAAACAGUUUCGUUCCUCCCUUCGACAUAGAUGCAGUGGUGUCUACCAUGCGUCGAGAUUUCGGCUCUCUGCCGGAGAAGAAUUUCAGAGUCCUCAAAGCAGCUCUGCGUAGUGUGAAUACGGACAGUGAGCCCAAAGCACCUGCUGUGUUGCUAUUGGUAUCUCCCAAGGGCCAUGAAAGUACGUCCACCAGGUUUGCCAAGAAUUUGGCGCAGGUUUUGGAUGAAAGGUUUGUCUCGUUGUCAAGUGCGGAGCUGGUUGAGGCUGGAAACGCCAAGAAAUGCAUCGAUGACACCAUCAGAGAAAGUGUCGAAAGAAAAAAGGUUAAGGUCUUUCUGGUGAGUGAACUACAACAGCUAAAUUUUGAAACAACGCUCAUCUUCCACUCAUUCUGUGACGACCAAAAUGCUCCAUACAAGAGGGUUGUCUAUGUCAUAACAGUAUCUUGCGCAUCCCUUAAUACUUCUGAGAAGUGGGACAAGAUCGGGAUGGACUGCCUCUCGCAGGCUUGGCCAGACACUCCCAAGGAUAUGAAAGACCCAUUGGUGAAUAGAUUAACUCAUAGUGUGAUAAUUUUGAACAAAUAGAAAAUAAAAGUACGAUCAAUAAACUUGAAUAAUUUGUUAAUCACUUUGUUACUACAAAUAUGUACAUACGAAAGUCUUUUUCCAUGUUGUUGAAAAUAAUAAUGCUACAUCUUCAAAACACAUGUUAUUGAUGGAAAUAAUGUUGUUAAAGCUACUGUUUAUUCAUGACAUAUUAAAAAGUUUCAAAAUUUUUGCAUUUGCCAUAAUAUUUUAGCCUUCAAUGUAUGUAAAAUAAUUAUUUUGAUAAAGCUAUUUAUAUUCGGUGUCUGUGGCAGCUACUGCAGAAAAUACUGUCUCAUAUAUAUUUUGGCCAUUUUUAAUGCUGUCAAAGUACGAAGUUAAGUCUUGCCAAAGUGGUUUAGUAAUAGAUAUGUUGAAGGGUAAUUUAAUAAAUAUUAAAAUGCAAUAGUUGUUUCAGUAAUUCCAUUGUUUAGUUACUAAUAAUCAAGUGAUAGAAAUAUUGAGAAAAUGUCAGCAAUCUCAAAUCCUUUAAAAAUUAUUUUGUAUAAAAUAUUUCUGAAAAGCAUGUUAAAUUUAAAAAAAAAAAAACAAACAUUCUGAAUAUGUGGCGUUCAGAUGUGGACAGAUUUGCCCAUACUCUGUGUGUGACGUAAAAGUUUGGACAAGAAGCUAUGAAAUGCUUUUAUUUUUCUAGAAAGAGUGCAUUUUUGCACUUUAUUAAUGUUGUUUUGGUGUCCAAUGUUUUAAGGGGUUUUGUGUGUGUGUGUAUCAUGUCUUCAGUGCAUAAAAAUAUAUAAAUUAAAAAAAAAAACAUAACUACAGAAAAAAGUUGUUCAAAAGACAAAGUGAAUGAUAGGAGAUAGAGUUGUUGAACAUUUUUAUUUGAAAACAAAAUAUAAUGAACAUUUCGUGUGCAGUUUGUUUUUUGUACAUUUUAUGCUUUCUUCCUAUUUUCAUGGUCUUCAAUUAAAUAUGAAUUUUUAUAGCCUUUAAUAAAAAAAGUU